CCCGCCUUCCGACGGGGGUGCGGCUCCAGGAAACGGCGCGCUCGCGUCUCGGCGCUCCGGCGACCCGGCGCGCCCCAGACGACCCCACCGACUCAGCCAGACCACCCGGCGGGCCCCGGGCGCGCUAGCGGCCCGAGCGGCCCCGGGUCCGAGACAACGACACCUCCGCACGGACGGGGCGGGCGGCGCGGAUAGGAGCCGCGGAGGCCAUGGGGACCCAGGCCGGGCGGGCGAUCGCGGGCCAGCGGGAGCCCCGGGUCUGAGGAGCGGACGGCGGGGGCGGCGAGGGCCAUGACCUCGGUGUGGAAGCGCCUGCAGCGCGUGGGCAAGCGGGCCGCCAAGUUCCAGUUUGUGGCCUGUUACCACGAGCUGGUGGUGGAGUGCACCAAGAAAUGGCAACCAGAUAAGCUGGUGGUGGUAUGGACCCGGCGGAACCGACGCAUCUGCUCCAAGCCCCACAGCUGGCAGCCGGGCAUCCAGAACCCGUACCGGGGCACCGUGGUGUGGAUGGUACCGGAGAACGUGGACAUCUCCGUGACUUUAUACAGGGACCCCCACGUGGACCAGUAUGAGGCCAAAGAGUGGACAUUUAUUAUUGAGAAUGAGUCCAAGGGACAGCGGAAGGUGCUGGCCACGGCUGAGGUGGACCUGGCACGCCACGCAGGGCCCGUGCCUGCCCAGGUCCCGCUGCGGCUGCGGCUGAAGCCCAAGUCGGUGAAAGUGGUGCAUGCCGAGCUGAGCCUCACUCUCUCCGGGGUGCUGCUGCGGGAGGGCCGCGCCACGGACGAUGACAUGCAGAGUCUUGCAAGUCUCAUGAGCGUGAAGCCUAGUGACGUGGGCAACUUGGACGACUUUGCAGAGAGUGACGAGGAGGAGACUAAUGGUCCAGGGCCCCCUGAGGCACGGGCUCGUGUCCCCCCACCAGGCCGGGGCGGUGCCCUGAGGCUGGGGCGUUCCUCAGAUCCCUCUCGGGAGCUGAGGACACUCUGUGAGGAGGAGGAGGAGGGCCGAGUACAGCCCCAGCAGGCAGCUGCCAGCCCUGCUAGUGCUGAGGAUACCAGCCCAGCCCCUGUGAGUGGCCCUGCGCCUCCAGCCAGGGCCUCCCGGGGCCAGGGGGCAGAACCAUCUACUGUGGCUGGGGGCCCAGUGGGGCCUAAGGCCCCAAGGCCCCCGGGAAUGCCACUGGAGACGAGGUCCUCAAGACAGCCAGGCCAGGACGUGGCCCCAGCCCCAGCUCCUCGGCUCCGGAAAGGCUCUGAUGCCCCCUGGCCCCCAGUCCCCCAAGGGGAAGACAAGGCCCCCAAAGCCUCAGGGGCUCCCCCAGCAGGCGUGGGGUCUGCUGGGGAGACGCAGGCCCAGGCAAGCCCUCAGGAAGGGACAGAGGCCCCUGCAGCUGGGCCGGCCCCAGGCGCUGAGGACAGAGGCUCCAGAGACUGUUCAGGAGGGCAGAAGCCUGAAGUGCAGGAGGAGGAUGCUGGGGACAGGCCAGAGGAGAGCGGGAUGGACACUGAGCAUGGGUCAGAAGUGAGACAGGUGAACACUAAGAGGUCAGAGGUCAGAGCUGGGGAGACUGAAGACAGUUCAGACGUUAGUCAAGUGGAUGCUGAGCAGAGGUCAAAGGUGAGACAGGUGGACAGUAAGGGACCAGAGGCUACAGGGGUGACAUCUGAGGCAAGAUUCAAGGGAACUCCUGAGGUUCCUCCAAGGGGCUCUCAGGGGAGGAUGGGGGUCAGGACCAGGGAUGAGGUUCCCACAGUCCUGAGCCCACCCCUAGCAGAGUCUGCAGGGCACUCCGGGCAUUUCAGUGACCUCAAAGGGGCCAGGGCUGCUACAGGCCAGGAGAGAGAGGAUGCAGAGGUGAGGGGCGGCGCCCCUGGUGUUGGGGGGACAGGCCUGGAGCAGGGGCCCUCUGUUGGAGCAGCAAGCGCCAGUCCCCAGGUGAGCAGGUGCCAGGGGGCCCCCCCAGCAGCUGACCAGGGGGUGAUGUCUAGGGAUCUGGGGGUCCGGGAGGCAGAAGCUGGGGACUCAAGGGUCCUGGAAACAGAGACUGGGGUGGCAGAGUCAGAGGUAUUGCAGACCCAGGAGAGCGAAGCAGUGGGACCAGGGUUCGCAGAGACGGAGACUGGGGCGGCAGCGGCUGAGAUAUUGGGGGCCCAGGAGACAGAGACCGUGACUCCAGGGGUCCUGGAGUCAGAGGCUGCUGGGAUGGUAGAACCUGAGGAACUGGGGACCCAGAAAACAGACGUGAGGAUUUCAGGGGCCCUGGGGACAGAGGCUGGGACAGCAAAGUGUGGGGUCCUGGGGACCCAGGAAACAGAGGCUGAGGGCUCAGGAGUUCUGGGAACAGAGACUAGGAGGGCAAAGACUGAGAUAUUGGGGACCCAGGAGAUAUCUGGGAGUCCAGCGGUACUGAAGAUAGAAGCUGAGAUAGCAGAAUCUGAAAUAUUGGGGGCCCAGGAGACAGGGGUGGGGGUUUCAGGAGUACCAGAGACAGAGGCUGGGAGGGCAGAGGCUGAGGUGCUGGGGACCCAGGAGCUGUCUAGUGAUUCAGUGGUACUGAGGAUAGAAGCUGAGAUAGCAGAAUCUGAAAUACUGGGGGCCCAGGAGACAGAGGUGGGAGGUUCCCGGGUACUAGAGACAGAGGCUGGGAGGGCAGAAUCUGAAAUAUUGAGGGCCCGGGGGACAGAGGUGGGAGUUUCAGGGGUCUCAGGCAUAGAAUCUGAGAGAGCAGGCAUCCGGGAGACAGAGGUAGAGGAUUCAGGGGUCCCAGAGUUUGAGAGUGAGACAGCAGAGGCUGAGGUGCUGGGGACCCAGGAGAUAGCAGCCAGGGGUUCAGGGGCCUCAAGGAUGGAAGCUCAGAUAGCAGGGACCCAGGAGACAGAGCUGGGGGGUUCUCGGGUGCCAGAGACAGAGGCUGGGAGGGCAGAGGCUGAGGGGCUGGGGACCCAGGAGCUGUGUGGUGAUUCAGCGGUACUGAGGGUAGAAGUUGAGAUAGCUGGGGCCCAGGAGACAGAGCUGGGGGCUUCAGGGGUCUCAGGGCCAGAGGUUGGAAUGGCAGAGACUGAGGGACUAGGGACUCAAGAGACGGAACCUACAGUUUUAGAGGCUGAGAAGGCAAAGGCUAAGACUUCGAGGGUCCAGGAGGCAGGGCUCCUGGGGAGCCUCACAUACGAGGCUUUAAGGGCCCGGGUCACUAAGCGUGGAGUUUUAGGCACUGAGGGAGCAGAAGCAGAGACUACAGUUUUGAGGGUCCAGGAGGCAGAGGAUGGGAUUUUGGGGGUUUCAGAAGCCAAAUCUGUGGUUUGGGGGCCCCAAGAAGCAGAGACGGAGGUUUUAGGGCCUCCAGAGAACCAAUCUGAUAUUUUUGAGGCCCAGGAAGCAGAGGUUGGGGUCUCAGGAACCGAGAAGGGAAAAGAAGCUGAGGGGAACCUCACAGAGGCCAGCCUGAUUGAGCCUCAGCUGGCCAGUGGGGCAGGGACUGGGGUGCCCAGGCCCUCGGGGGCCUCUUCCCCAGAGGAGCCUGAAGAGGACAGGAGGCUGCCGGGCAGCCAGGCACCACCUGCCCUGGUCAGCUCCAGCCAGUCGCUGCUGGAGUGGUGCCAGGAAGUCACUGCUGGCUACCGUGGAGUCCGAGUCACCAACUUCACUACAUCGUGGCGCAAUGGCUUGGCCUUCUGUGCCAUCCUGCACCGAUUCUACCCAGACAAGAUUGACUAUGCGUCCCUGGACCCACUCAACAUUAAACAGAACAACAAGCAGGCCUUCGAUGGCUUCGCGGCCCUGGGCGUGUCGCGGCUGCUGGAGCCUGCGGACAUGGUGCUGCUGUCGGUGCCCGACAAGCUCAUCGUCAUGACGUACCUGUGCCAGAUCCGCGCCUUCUGCACGGGGCAGGAGCUGCAGCUGGUGCAGCUGGAGGGCGGCGGCGGCGCUGGCACCUACCGCGUGGCCAGCGCCCAGCCGAGCCCACCCGACGCCCUGGACGCCGGCGGCCUGGCGCAGCGGCUGCGCGAGCACCGGGCCGAGGCGCCCGAGGAGCCCAAGGAGCCCAGGGAGCCCAGGGAGGCCGCGAGCCGCGCGGACGGGGCGGCCCCUAAGGCGGCCUCCAAGGACCACGGGGCCGAGGCCGCCCAGGAGGCGCGCGCCGCGGAGGCCCCCGCCGACGGCGCCGGAGCCCGGGCCUCCGUGCCCCCCGCCGAGGGGCUGGCGAACGGGGCGGGGGCGCCGGGCGCCGGGGGCUGCGUGAGGCUUCGGCGGCCGUCGGUCAACGGGGAGACCGGGCCCGUGCCCCCGCCCCGGGCGCACGGCUCCUUCUCCCACGUGCGCGACGCCGACCUGCUCAAGAAGAGGCGCUCGCGGCUGCGGCACAGCAGCUCCUUCUCCGGGGACGAGCCGGACUCGGGAGCCACGGGCGCUGCCGGCGCCGGAGCCGCGGCUGCGGAAGGCCUGAACCCUGCUCCCAGCCCUGCCCCCAGCCCAUCCACAGCCACAGCCCCGCAGCAGCUCUCUGGUGGGAGUCCCCCAUCGGAGGAGCCACCCCCAAGCCCAGGGGAGGAGGCUGGGCUGCAACGGUUCCAGGACACAAGUCAGUAUGUGUGUGCGGAGCUGCAGGCCCUGGAACAGGAGCAGAGGCAGAUAGAUGGGCGGGCCGCCGAGGUGGAGACACAGCUGAGGAGCCUCAUGGAGUCAGGUGCCAACAGGCUGCAGGAGGAGGUGCUGAUCCAGGAGUGGUUCACACUGGUCAAUAAGAAGAAUGCUCUCAUCCGGAGGCAGGAUCAGCUGCAGCUGCUCAUCGAGGAGCAGGACUUGGAGCGGAGGUUCGAGCUGCUGAGCCGGGAGCUACGGGCCAUGCUGGCCAUCGAAGACUGGCGGAAAACGGCCGCGCAGCAGCACAGGGAGCAGCUCCUGCUGGAGGAGCUGGUGUCGCUGGUGAACCAGCGCGACGAGCUGGUCCGGAACCUGGACCGCAAGGAGCGGAUCGCCCUGGAGGAGGACGAGCGUCUGGAACGCGGCCUGGAGCAGCGGCGCCGCAAGCUGAGCCGCCAGCUGAGCCGGCGCGAACGCUGCGCGCUGAGCUGAGGCCGCGGGGCCCGGGAGUCCUCGCCCUCCCGGCCCGUCGGACCGCAGCUUUUCUCGUCGUCCCGGGCCUGCGCUCCGGAGGACCGGACCCUCCCAGACGCCGCGCACGGCCUGGAGGGGCCCCGUCGCGGGGAGGGGGUAGGAAAGCCCCUCGGCCCCGUGGGACAGGAGCGGCUGGGCGGCCGCGCCGUCCGGGCCGUAUUUAUUGUCCGUGUGAGUGUGAGUGUGAGUGGGUGUGGGUGUGUUGGCGGGGCUGGGGCCCGGGAGCGCCGCGCAGAACCCUCCCCGACGGCAAGGUCCAAGCCGACCGGCCCCGGGGAGAGGGAUGACCGCGAGCUGCCGCGCCCCCGCCCUCCCCUUCCUGUUGCUGGAGAGCAAUAAAGUUCGGGAAGGCUA